AGCCAGGCAGAAACUGAUGACGAUAACAGCAUGUAAAGGAGAACAUGGUGAACAGAUGUCACCGUGCUUUCAGUUUGAAGCAAAGCAGUCUGACACAUAAAUAUGGGGUAAAUGGGAAAUGAGCAACUCAGGAAAAGGUCAAUACAAAAAAAAUGAGGCUCUCAUUAUAAUAACGGGAGCGAUCCUAAGAAAGAAAGAGGAGGCCGGGGGUGGGGGGUGGGGAAGAGGAGGUUGCCUAUAUUGUGGUGGUGCAGGUGUAAAGUGUCCUCGCAGUCUGUCAUCGCGGCCCCUGUCAGCGUGUGGCUGCCGUGCUGGGGCUGAGCAGGACGCCUUCCUGCGGCUCAGCUCACUGCUAUGGUCGUCCACGUGCGCGGCUGCAAUUUCAGCACCACGGACAGCGCCCUCCCCGGCACCGGCUCCGGCUCCGGCGCCGGCGCCGCGCUCCUGGACCCCCCGCUGACGCAGAGCCCCGGCGGGCUGAGCCGGACGGGCCACACCGUGGUGGCGGUUUUCCUCGGCUUCAUUUUGGUCGCGGGCGUUGUGAACAAUCUGGUGGCGCUGCUCGUCUUCGCGAAGUUCCGCUCGCUCUGGACGCCGAUUAACCUCAUCUUGUUGAACAUCAGCGCGAGCGACAUCCUCGUGUGCGUCUUCGGGACCCCCUUCAGCUUCGCCGCCAGCGUGCACGGACGAUGGCUCAUUGGAGAGGACGGCUGCAAGUGGUACGGCUUCGCCAAUUCCCUCUUCGGCAUCGUGUCCCUGGUGUCCCUGUCCCUCCUGUCCUACGAGCGCCACCACGCCGUGAUGCAUUUCUCCCAGGUGGACGUGUCGGACUUCAGGAAGGCGCGGCUCUGUGUCGCCGGCUCCUGGUUCUACUCGCUCCUCUGGACGCUGCCGCCCUUCCUGGGCUGGAGCAGCUACGGCCCAGAAGGACCCGGCACCACGUGCUCGGUCCAGUGGCACCUCCGCUCGCUCGCCGGCGUCUCCUACGUGCUGUGUCUCUUCGUCUUCUGCCUGCUGCUCCCCCUCCUGCUCAUGGUCUACUCCUACGGCAGAAUCCUGGUUGCAAUCAGGGGGGUCGGGAAGAUCAACCUGCCGGCAGCUCAGCGCCGCGAGCAGCACAUCCUGCUGAUGGUGCUGUCCAUGGUGUCCGGCUACAUGCUGUGCUGGAUGCCCUACGGCGUCAUGGCGCUGGCGGCCACCUUCGGCCGGGCCGGGCUGGUCUCCCCCGUGGCCAGCGUGGUGCCCUCGGUGCUGGCCAAGUUCAGCACCGUCAUCAACCCGGUCAUCUACAUGCUCUUCAACAACCAGUUCUACAGGUGCUUCGUUGCCUUUGUGAAGUGUGCCGACGACCCUCGGUCCGUUCAGGAGGAGGAGCAGCGCACCCCCAGGACACAGUUCUCCGGACUCUUCCCGUUUUCCAGACAGACCUCCCUCAGCGCCUCACAGCGUCAGAGGAACGACAGUCACACUCUUGUUGUCAACUACAACCCAUGAGACCUUCAUCAUGCAAAUGCAGAUCCAUGGAAAAAGUACAAAUCACAAAUGAAUGUGUGUUUACAUUAAAAUAGCAUCUAGAAAUCACAUUAUUGAGUUACCAUCAACAGAUUUACAUUUAACAUUAUGCCGAAUAUUUUUGGUGAACUCUGUACAUAUUCAAAGUUAGGAGCGUUUCUUGCCACUAGGGGGAGUUAUGAGCAGUUUUGACAAACAUCCACCUGCACCUACAUGUACAUGUACUAGUCAGGUGCCUUGUUCAUAGACGUGCAUCAUAUUAAUUAUAUAUUUCGUGGGCGUGUUUUUCAGCCAUUUUGCUGCAUCCACCUAACAAAACAAUUCAUUAAAAUAUUCAUUUGUAUCAUUUGUGAAUUAAACACGCUGCCUAAGACUGUAUUUUAUAUUGACCAACCUUUGUCCUGCUCACUGUUGUACAGCGCCUCACGCCUCAUACAAGCUAAACACCUAAACCAGUUCAAACCAGCACAUAGGCUGCCUUUGGUUCUAUUGUGCCAGCCGGGAGAAGAGGCCACGCUGGCCCAAAAACAGUGUGUGGGGGUGAUGGAAAACACACGCCGGGCACAUUUCAGCCUAAAAAUGCCACCACAACUGAGCAGGGUUCACAUAACCUGUGGUUAUUGUGAGAAGCUGUCAACCGCCACGUUGACGGCGCCGACUCCAGCACAGAGGCCAUUUGGCGGCUUGUGCUGACCUAGUUUAUCGCCCUGAUGAUAAAGUGAAGUAAACGGCCCAAUAAUCAAACCUCAGCUGCUCAGGCAGCUGGUCUUCACAGAGUCACAGCAUUUCUGACGUAACCAUGGAGCUACUGG